GUGCCUGCAGGUGGUGCUGUCUCUGAGGUCCUCCAUGGGCUCCACAUGCUUUCCACUUCGUAGAAAGUGCCGGUCCGUUUCUCAGACGACAUACCCACCAUUGGAAAGGCCCCUGCAGGUGGAUCUUUAUCAACUGGAAGACCAACAAAGGGGAACUGAGGAGCACGUUGAGGUUCUGGACCGGCUGCUGGGAGAGCUCGAGAGGUUCCUGAUGGUCCUAGAUCGUGAGAACCUGAGCAGCGAGGCCACAGUGCAGAAAAGCUUGCUGUCUGACCUUCUGAAGGACUACCUGACAGCCAGCGGUGUGAAUUCGGCAUCUGACGAGGAGUACAUCUACAUGAACAAGGUGUUAGUCAGCAGGCCAGCGCAGGAGAAGAGUGCAUGUGAUAGAGCAAACCUCCUGGGCGCCUCAACAACCAGCCGAGAAGAAAAGCCUCCUCUGCCAAGCCUCCCCCAGCCUCUACAGUGCUCAUUGUUUGACUCCCCUGAGGGUUACUAUGAAGAGGCUCAACCUUACGACACCGCAACCAACGAUGACGGCGAGGCCGUCAGCAGCUCCUACGAGUCGUAUGAUGAGGACGAGGCCGCCAAGGGCCGGUCAGCUGCUCAGCACCAGUGGCCGUCCACAGAGGCGUCCAUUGAGUUGAUGAAGGACGCACGCAUCUGCGCCUUCCUCUGGAGGAAGAAGUGGCUUGGCCAGUGGGCCAAGCAGUUGUGCGUCAUCAAAGAGCAGCGCCUCCUGUGUUACAAGAGUUCCAAGGACCAGAACCCCCAGCUGGAGGUCAGCCUGCUGGGCUGCACCGUGGUCUACAAGGAGAAACAGGUGAAGAAGAAAGAGCACAAGCUGAAGGUGGUUCCCGUGGGUGGAGAGGCCAUUGUGCUGGGGCUGCAGAGCAAGGAGCAGGCCGAGCAGUGGUACAAGGUCAUCCAGGAAAUCAGUGGAAAACCUUUGGAAAGUCCCGAAGUGGCCCAGCACCUGUCCGAUUCCCCGCGACAGAUCUGCAGCAAGGGUGAGCUCAGCGAGAGACACUCUGCAGCCUCCGAAAGCGGCAGCAGCACGGACAGCCAUGCGGAAGCCGCGGACGCCAAAGAAGGUGACUGGAAGAAGCGAUAUGGCGCAGCUCUGAAGCUGAGCAACCUUAUGAACAUCGGUAAGAAGAAGCCCUCCGCCUUGGAGAGUCCAGAGAAAACCAUGGAGACGUCGGGGUACCUUAAUGUCCUGGCAAACAGCCAGUGGCGAACACGCUGGUGCACCAUUAAGAACGGACAGCUGUGGUUCUAUCAGGACAAGGGGAAGACCAAAGUAGCCCAGCAGCCCGUGGGCCUGGAGGGCUGCAUGGUUGUUCCGGACCCCAGCCCAGAUCACCUCUACUCCUUCACUAUCCAGCAGGAUGGGGAGCAGCUGGCCACGUUGGAGGCAAAGUCCUCUGCAGACAUGGGCCACUGGCUGGGCUUACUGUUGUCCCAGACUGGGUCCAAGACCAGCCCAGAAGAUCUCACCUAUGACUAUGUGGACUCCGACCGUAUCUCCUGCAUCGUCAAUGCGGCCAAAACCUCCAUGUACUUGAUGCAGAGGAGGAUUUCAGAGCCCAACGCUUACAUAGACAGUCUGUCUGUGGCUCCUGGAGACCCUGAUGACAUCUAUGACAAUGUGGCCAACACAGAAGGGGAGCUGGAGCAGAACCAGGAUUCCCAGGAGAACAAGGAGGCUCAUAAGAGAGUAGAAGUCUCACAGACCAGCAAGGUAGUCAUAACUGAGCAAGAUGGUGAUGAUCGAAUCUAUUUAGACCUCAUCCCUGUACAGUCUUUUCUGCAUGGUUGCCCCGGGAAGAAAGAGCCUCUUCACUCAAGAGAGCAGAGCCCCAGUGACCAUCGUCAGGAGAAAGAGUCAGCGAGCCAGGAUGUGCCCCCUCCCAUACCAGAACCAAGGCCUCCACACACGCUGAUCGCUCCCUCUCAGCCAGCAGCCGCUGUUCCCCAGCUGCUGUCCAGACCUGAGCCAGAGUCGGCUAGCCCCCGCAACCGGGUCCACUCCUAUCCCGCAAAGAUGUCUCUCGCCAGCCCGGAGCCCCUCAAGAAAGCCAUGUGCAGAUCAAACAGCCCGCAGCCCCACAAACAGGGCAGGCCCAGCUCCGAGAGCCUGGACCGGCCACGUGUUGCUGCACCUGCCGAGAUAAAGCUGGGGAAGAAUCGCACGGAGGCCGAUGUGCGGCGCUUCACUGACGAAAGGGACCAGCUGGAAAGGGAGAAGGAGCAGGUGCGGAACCAGCUGGCCAUGCUGCGCGGACAGAGGAAGGAGCUGAAGGAGGCCCUGGCUGCUGCCCGAGAGCCCAGCCUGCAGAACUUGCUGGAACUGAAGCUGAAGGAGGCUGAAGAGGCCUGCAGAGUGCAGGAGCAAAAGAGGGUGGACCUGGAGCUCCAGCUGGUGGACGUGAAAGAGAACCUGAAGAAAGUGGAGGCCGGACCCUUCACUCUAGGCACAGCUGUGGACAGUGGCCUCCUGGACAUGGUGAAGGUGACGACACCGUGCACAGUGCCAGUGACGGCUUCUGCAAACGGAGACGCCGCACCCAUCAACUCUGCCUCCACCCUGAAGAACAGGCCCCUGUCUCUCAUUGCGUCGAACAAGGGGAACGUCCUGCAGAAGGCCAAGGAAUGGGAGAAGAAGUCAACGACCUAGAGGCCAGAUGACGGUCCCUCCCCAGGCCGAGAACAAAACCCCACCCUCUGUUCUCCUGAAGACUGGAGGGUGUCCCGGAGACCGCCCUGACUCCUCCCAGUGUCACUGCCCUCAGCCCAUCCCCCACCCCCGUCAUGGACAGAAAUCUCUGCCUCACACACAUUCCCAGGACCUGUACAACGUUGUAGAAUAUACCCCUUUAGUCUUAUUUUUAUUAUUAGAAGGGAUUUUAUAGUAUAAUGUUUAAAAAAAACGUAAUUUUUUAUGCUUUGCACAUUGCAGAUUGGUUGGGCUUUAGUGAUCUGGCAGAAUGAAAGGUACCCCCCCAGAUCUUUUGCCCCAAGGUACCCCCCAGAAAGCCUGCAGCUUGGUACAAUUGGCACUGAACACUGAGGACACCUAGUGGGUGGUGCUGGGCUUGCAGGCAGGAUGUAAAUACGCAGUAGGGCCACUUGAAGCAUAAGCAUUGCCGCAGAGGGGCACUUCAGGCUGGAGCGUAGAGUAGAAACUCAUCAGUGUGAUCGUCUCUCCUACUCUGAGCUGCCAUGUCUGAUCUGCUUUUCUAAAUAAAAGAAUAUUUUUAAAAUA